CGCCAGAGCCAGAGCCAGAGCGCCAGAGCCAGAGCGCCAGAGCCAAAACAGAGCCAGAGCGCCAGAGCCAGAGCCAUAGUGCCAGAGCUAAAGUGCCAGAGCGGCAGAGCCAGAGCAGCAGAGCCAGAGCCAGAGCUGCUGAGUCAGAACAGCAGAGCCAGAGCACUGGAGCCAGAGCAGAGCCAGGGCUCAAACAGAGCCAGAGCGCCAGAUUCAUAACGCCAGCCCCGCCAGCCCCUGCGCCAUAGCGCCAGAGCUGGAGAGUCAGAGCGGCAGAGCCAGAGCGGCAGAGCCAGAGUGGCAGCAGAGAGCCUAAGCUGGAGCUCCCGAACCAGAGCGCCAGAUGCAAAGCGCCAGAGGAAGAGCGCCAGAGCCAGAGCGCCAGAGCCAGAAUGCCAGAGCUCAAACAGAGCCAGAGCGCCAGAGCCAUAGCGCCAGCGCUAGAGCCAGAUUGCCAGAGCCAGAACCCCAGAUCCAGAGCCAGAGCUAGAGUACCAGAGCCUGAGCGCAAACAGAGCCAGAGCGCUGGAGCCAGAGCACAGGAGCCAGAGCAUGGAGGGCAGAGCGCUGGAGCCAGAGCACUGGAGCCAGAGCGCCAGAGCCAGGGCGCCAGAGCCAGAGCACCAGAGCCAGAGAGCCAGAGCCAGAGCCAGAGCACCAGAGCGAAAACAGAGCCAGAGCCAAAACAGAGCCAGAGCCAUAGUGCCAGACCUAAACCAGAGCCAGAGCGCCAGAGCCAGAGCGCCAGAGCCAGAGAGCCAGAGCCAGAGCGCCAGAGCCAGAGCCAGAGCGAAAACAGAGCCAGAGCGCCAGAGCGAAAACAGAGCCAGAGCGCCAGAGCCAGAGCCAUAGUGCCAGAGCUAAAGUGCCAGAGCAGUAAGAUUUCAACCAUGACAAUCUCUUAA